AAAGCAUGAUGGGAUAGCUCCCUCUUCCUUUCCGGCUGGUACGCCAUCAUACCAAAAUGGGAGCGUACAAGUACAUGCAGGAGCUAUGGAGGAAGAAGCAGUCCGACGUGAUGCGCUUCUUGCUGCGCGUCCGCUGCUGGCAGUACCGCCAGCUGUCUGCCCUCCACCGCGCUCCCCGACCCACCAGGCCCGACAAGGCCCGCAGGCUCGGGUACAAGGCGAAGCAAGGUUACGUCAUCUACCGGGUGCGAGUGCGCCGCGGUGGUCGCAAGAAGCCUGUGCCCAAGGGAGCCACCUACGGCAAACCCGUGCAUCACGGUGUUAACCAGAUCAAGUUUGCCCGCAGCUUGCAGUCUGUGGCUGAGGAGCGUGCUGGCCGCCACUGCGGGGGCUUGAGGGUCCUGAACUCCUACUGGGUGGGUGAGGACUCCACGUACAAGUUCUUCGAGGUGAUCCUCAUCGACCCCUUCCACAAGGCCGUCAGACGCAACCCCGACACCCAAUGGAUCACGAAGCCCGUCCACAAGCACAGGGAGAUGCGCGGGCUGACGUCGGCCGGGAAGAAGAGCCGCGGCCUGGGCAAGGGUCACAAGUUCCACCUCACCAUCGGAGGGUCCCGCCGCGCUGCCUGGAGGCGCCGCAACACGCUGCAGCUGCACCGCUACCGCUAACCUCGUGGUGCUUGUGUGUUUCAGGAAAUAAAGUUUUUCAGUGGUACCUUC